UAGUAGGACUGAACCCUAAACCGUGUGUUGGGAGGCAAUCACUCUGGUGUGGUGUGGUUGCGACCCAAGAUUUGACCGUUGGUCAGGGUUGUAGAAAACUGUGAUAUAUUUCUAAGGAAACCAAACUGGCCGAAGCACAUACUUAAAAAUAAUUCUUCCGCCGGUCUCAGCACAGCCAUAGUAGUAAUAUCAUUCCGCAGACUGCCACCGAACAAAGUAGUACCAGAAGCUUCGUUUGUUGUCUUCGUGCAUUCUGUUAUCUUGUUCUGAAGAUUUUGACCGAUUCCAAAUUCCAACCAGAUUGAUAUAUGCAUCAUCAUCAUCAUCUUUUAAAGAUCAUCAAAAGAGAUUAUGAAGAACACGUAUCACUUUAUUAAUCUGUGAGAUUAACGGCAAAUUUUUCUCUAUUUUACCGUCCGGAAUGUGUCCACCAUGAAGUUUGCAUUUGGACAAAUUUAUCAUUAAGAUAUGAUUGUUUUCCCUGCCAAAAUUAAAAAAAAACCUGGAUUAUAUUUUGAAAAAUAUAUUUAUUUUUAGCUCCAUUUCACUUGUUGGUUUCUUACCAAAAGAUAAGACAGAUUCCAUCAUUGUAAACUAUCUUGGUGUAGUUAUUUCAGAAAUGAUUGUAUUCUACUAAAAUCAUCUUGCGAUCUUUGCAACAUCUUUGAAUAUCAACAAAGAUCACAGCUUAUGGAAAUACAGCAAUAGAAAUAUUUGUUAAGAAUAACAGAAGAAAAAGACAAAAAAAAAAAAAUAUCGUUUCACCUGGGAAAUAUCCUUGUGUUGUGCAAAAGAGGAAAAUUAUGGAAAAUGAAUUGUGUGAGAAGGAAGUUAAAUAUGAAAGACAAUCAAAGCAUAUUAAGUCAUACCACUGUGAUAUCUGUAAAAAGUCAUUUCCCCGGAAGAGGAAUCUUGCCGAACACAAACACAUUCACACAGGAGAGAAACCAUGUAACUGUGAUAUCUGUGGGAAAGCUUUCUCUCAUCGAAGCAAUUUAAUUAGGCACCGAUACAUUCAUACAGGUGAAAAACCCUAUCAUUGUAAUAUCUGUGGUAAAUCCUUCUCACAAACGAACCACUUGGCCAGUCACAUUCACAUACAUACAGGAGAGAAAUCAUACCAUUGUCACACCUGUGGUAAAUCAUUCUCUGAAAGUAGUCAGUUAACAACUCAUAAACGUGUUCACACAGGAGAGAGGCCAUAUUACUGUGAUAUCUGUGGCAAAUCAUUCCCACAAAGUGGUGGUUUAACCACACACAAACGUAUCCAUACAGGAGAGAAGCCAUAUCACUGUGAUAUCUGUGGUAAAUUAUUCUCUCGAACAAGUGACUUAACUAAACACAAACGCGUACAUACAGGAGAAAAGCCAUAUCAAUGUGAUAUUUGUGGUAAAUCCUUCUCUCAGACAAAUCACUUAACUACACACAAACGCCUCCAUACAGGAUAGGAACCAUAUCAUUGUACUAAUUGGUUAAUCAUUCUUUCAAGACAAAAACCUGUUCUUGGGG